AUGUUGGAAUAUACAAUUUUAUUGCUAACAUACGCUGGACUUUGGCAACCAACUUAUUGGAUUCCAGGAUCAUGGAAAACUUAUCUUUAUAAAAUUUAUACAUAUUCAGUACUUUCAAUUGUCUACGCAGAAACACUUUCAGAAUUAUUGUAUCUUGCAACAUCAACUCAUGGAAUUGCAGAUAUUAUGAUAACAUUACUUGGAAAAGAGCCAUAUCCAUCAAAAAUUGAUUCUAAAAAUAUAAUUCUAAAUAAAUACAAUAAUAUAAUCAAUAAACGUUCACUCGCUUACAUCAUUAUGAAUCAAAUGACAAUGAUCAUUAUGAUAGUUACAUUUAGCAUUAAAAAUAUAUCAAAUCGAGUACUUAUAGCAAAUUGCUGGAUUCCCUACGAUCACACAACAACAAUUGGUUUUUGGUUUACUUAUAUAUUUCAAUGUAUUGCUCGAGCAUAUCAGUCAUUAAUCGCCACUGCAUUUGACACUUUAGUACCAUCAAUGAUGUAUCAGAUUUGUUAUCAAUGUUCAAUUCUUCAGUGUCGUUUUGAAACGAUGCCUGAUGUCAUACGUAAUAUUAAAAAAUAUAAUAAAAAAAAUUCAAUUAUAUUAGAAACAAUGAAACUUGGUGAAUGUGUUAGGCACCAUAUUCAAAUCUAUCAGCUGAGUAUAAUUCUAAUUAUAUGGGCUGAACGUUGUAAUAAUAUUUUUUCAGGAAUUAUUUUUUUACAAUAUUCAAUAAGUUCAAUUGUUUUGUGUGUCAGUGUUGUUUUAUUGACUCAAAUUGAAUAUAAUGAUCCAAUUUUUGCAUCAACGAUUUUAUAUCUUGUAUGCAUGUUUUUUCAAAUAUUUAUACUCUGCUAUUCAGGAAACCAAGUAACAAUUGAGAGUAUGAAUGUUGGUGAUAUGGUUUAUUGCAUGGAUUGGACUCAAUUUGAAUUGUCAACUAAAAAAAAUUUAAUGAUGAUUAUGAAAAGAACGAUGCAUCCAGUUGUAUUUACAAGUGGUUAUUUCGUGACAUUGUCUAUCGGUUCAUUUACUGAUUUAAUUAAAUUAUCAUACUCAGCAUUUAAUCUUCUCAACCGAUCAUCUGGAUAA